CCUCCAUCCCCAUCCCCAUCCCUCAAUCCCAUAGCCAGGCAUCCAUUGUACCACAUCAGGCAAGGCAAAGCACGGCAACCUCCACCAUCCAUCGUCUCUCAAUAGAGAAAUGCUUAGAUGCGAUUCUCAGUCCCAUGUGCACACAUAAUGGAAUGAAGAAAAUUCCGUCGUCCAACAAUUGCACGCUGGGCUAGCUAAAGUGCAAAGAAAACCAAAAGACUCGGACUUGUCACUUCGCUGCGGAUUUGCAUUGGUUUUUUGGGGGGCCUCCAAUGGUCGGCGGUGCAGCAGCAGCGGCAACUGCAUCAGCAGCAGCAGCAUAGACCGAGAAAUCCCCAUAAAAUCCCCCACAUACCGACAUACCCACCCCAGCUUCCUUGGACUAGCAUCUUAUAAAUAGCCCUCGGACAAAAGUGUGAACCCACCGCCCGCCCGCCCAGUGCAUCACAUGCUAUCCGAACAAUGGAAAUUGCCAAAUAUACAGUGUACCCAGAAACCCACAGCGGCACUGCGAUCAGAUCGCCCAGGCCAGGCCAGCCAAGGAAAACUUAUUUUAUUUAAAUAAAUUUCGUUUAAUUGCCAGCAAAGAACACAAAUAACACUGGCCGUGUCUGUGCGUCUCUGUGUGUGUCAUUUUAUUGUAAUUCCGCCGAUUCGUCAACUGGGCACUCACCGAAACGGCCGAGUAAAUCGGCCCGUUGACUUGGUCAUCAAAACUGAGGAGCACUCGGCAAUCGGGAUACCUUGGAGGAGCAGGCAGCAAUCUAAAGAUGGAUCAGGCUGUCCUUGUCCAUGUGAUCCAAACCCAGAUGAAUUAUGGAACAUGUAAAUAGCACUAAUGCCAGACAACCGCAGCAUCAUCAUUUUGAUCAGCAGCUGCAGCACAAUGACAGCCAACAGCAGUUCUGCCUGCGAUGGCACAACCAUCAGACCAGUUUGCUGAGCACCCUGCCCAUUCUGCUGGACCAAUCCCAUCUGACAGAUGUCACCAUUUCGGCCGAGGGACGCCAGCUGAAAGCCCAUCGCGUGGUUCUGAGUGCCUGCAGCAGCUUUUUCAUGGACAUCUUCCGGGCUCUGGAGGCCAGUAACCACCCAGUCAUCAUCAUACCCGGCGCCAGCUUCGGCGCCAUCGUCUCGCUGCUCACCUUCAUGUACUCCGGCGAGGUGAAUGUCUACGAGGAGCAGAUUCCGAUGCUGCUCAACCUGGCCGAGACACUGGGCAUCAAGGGACUGGCCGAUGUCCAGAACAACAAUCUACCAAAAACGGCGAGAAGUGGAGGUGGCUCCUACAUGGAUACGGCGAACGAGAAGUCCUCUGAGUUUGAACGUCCCAGCACUCCCUCUCCCACGCCCACACCCACCCUCACGCCCUCCCACACGCCCACUCCCAGCCAACCUCUCCCCCUGCCCCAGCUGCCCAGUGCCGCACUGAACACCCCUCUGCUGGCCAACAAACUGGGAUCGGUGAGCUCCAGUGGAAUGGGCACCACGCCCCUGGAGAAUCUCUUCAAGUCGCUGCAGUUCUAUCCCAGCCUGCUGCCCCAACCACUAAACUUCUCGCAGACGGCGCUCAACAAGACCACUGAGCUGUUGGCCAAGUACCAGCAGCAGUGCCAGCUCUACCAGAGCGGCAUGCAGGAGGAUCAACUGGAGACGGAUUGCUUCGGCUCCAAGAGGCUGAAGGGCGACAGUCCGCCGAAGGAGCUCAGGCGACUGGAGAAGAGCCUUGCAAAGAAUCCCAAAUUCUCAUCGACGACCAACAGCAGCAGCAGCAGCAAGUCGCCGCAGGAAUGCUCCAUACCUAAUCCCAUUGUGGCCACUUCGCCAGUAACUCUCGCUCCCCCGACCAUGGCCCACUUUUCGCCCCAGUUGCCGGUGGUCAAGUGCUCCUCGGCCAGUUACCCCAGCGCUCUCGGCCAAGGUCAACUCUACAGUAGCAAGCCACCACUCUACAGUGCAGCAGUCACGCCGACGGCCGCCCAGCAGGCGGCGCAGAUGCACCACCACCCACAACCAGGGCCAUCGCCCUACAUCUCGGCCGAGGAUCAUGCCAAGCUGCAGCUCCACAUCGAGCAGUACCAGCGGGAAGCGGCGGCAGCAGCGGCAGCGGCCGCCGGCGGAAUGGCGCUGGUCAGCGCCAAGUCGGAGCCCAAUCUGCUCUCGCUGAGCGCCGACCGCGACAAGUCGCUGGCCACCGCACCCAUCAAGCCGCCGUCCAACUCGAAGCUCUAUGCCACCUGUUUCAUCUGCCACAAGCAGCUGAGCAACCAAUACAACCUGCGCGUCCACCUCGAAACCCAUCAGAAUGUGCGGUAUGCCUGCAAUGUGUGCUCCCAUGUGUCCCGCAGCAAGGAUGCCCUGCGCAAGCACGUUAGCUACCGACAUCCUGGGGCGCCAUCGCCAUGUGAAAACGAGGCUCGCCGGAAGAGGGUCUCCAAGCUGGCAGCGACCACUGUGCCCACCUCGACACCCAUGUCCAUUACCGCCAGUCACACGGUUACCAGUGGCGAUGUGGGUCCAGCUCCAGCGACCACAAUUGGAUGUUCGGGUCAGGAGGCAAGGAAUCCGUACCUCUUCCUGCCCAAUCAAUUUCAGAUGGCGGCUGCAGCAGCAGCCGUAGCGGUGGCCGAAUCCUCGCCAGCUUCUGGCCAACCCUCGCUGGACUUGGCCCAGGAGGCGCCACCUGGGAUUAAAAGUGAGCGGGAGCCUCCGGCGGCGAGCAACGGAGAGGCGACAGGUGUGGAGACGUCGGCGACAACCAUCUGAGGAUAAUGUUUUUGAUUAUUUUUGAUUUGUUCAACUCACCACACAAACACGCACACAGACACAAGGAGUACGCCCACCCAAGCACAUGCAUAUUGUUGGGCACUGAUGAGUGAGUGGAAAAAGGGCUGACCCCUGACCACAACUACAAUACUGAUCAAAAGUAGUGGAAUCUGCUUCAAUUUCAAUAUUUUCGAGGUAUAUUUUAAGGUCUUAGGCAAAAAUUUAAUCAGCAAGCCUAAAUGAAACUCAAUUCUUUUUGAAACCACUUGCGAAACCUUUCUAAAUCUUAAAUUGUAGCUUUGACUUUUGAAACAAAAAAAAGGGUUUUUACAUCUACCCCAAUCGAGUCCACUAAGUUUGAUCGGAUUUUGGAGAAUGUCGGAGGGUCCCACUUCCACCACACACCCAUGAAGUGCCCAACAGGAAUAUGCCAUCUUUUAGUCCCACCAAAACCAACGUCUUAGACCCGGCUGUGAUAAUUAGCGCAAUUCGUUUUUCGUCUUCUGCACACGAGCGCCUUUCUAGCUAUCUUAAUUUAUGUACUUACGUUUAGCACAAUUUACGUUUAUUUUUUUUUUCUGAAACUUUAGCAACCUCCGAGGCUCUCAAACUGCAAGUUACAAACACAAUCCUUUCGCUUUCACGCUCUCUCACAAGCACACGUCCACACACAUUCUAGUAAUCUAAGCCAAGUUUUUAUAAAUAUUGUAAUUAUACACCUGAACACGCACACACACUUGCACACAAAAAGACAGGGUGAAGACCUACCAAACCAAAAAACACAAAUUUCAACGAAAUAAAUGUUUAAGA